CUGAAAAAGGUAACUCAGUGUUACUGUGACAUCCACAAAAACUAGGUGUUAGAAAUAUAAAGUGUUAGAUGCAAAAUAAAAAGUUUAAAAUUCAAUUCAAAUUUAAAAAAUUAUACGGCGAAUGAAAAUUUUAAAAUAGAAAAUAAAAACAAACGAUCUGAGAUGAAAGCUGGUAAAACAGAAGCUUUAAAAAUUAUAUGGAUAUUGCAUAUAAUUAGUGGAAGAAGUCUCGCUCGAUAUUUAGAGGGAUUAAACGUCAAUCUUGGUGAAGCUCUUCAAUUUCUCAGACAAUAUGACUAUGAAGCAUCUGCAAUGUGUAACAAAAUAAUGAAUUCUCAAUGGAAUUUCGCAACGAAUAUGACAGAUAUUAAUCGUCGAAAAAUGCUAGAAGAUCAAACACUGAAAUUAAAAUUUGAUAGAGCAUCCUGGAAAAAAGUUGUCAGUUUUGCAUGGAGCAGAAUUUCAGAUCCAAUGGCAAGACGUCAAUUAAAAAUGAUAGCUGUUAAAGGAAGAUAUUCCCUCUCAAACGACAAGUUCAAUGAAAUACACCACCUUAUAGUAGAAAUGAAAGAAUUAUACUCUAGAACGAGAUUAUGUCCAUAUAAAAUGAUGAAUAAUAUUUGCAAUAUGAGUUUGGAUCACGAUAUUAAUAAAAUAAUGGUACAAUCCAGAGAUUAUGAUGAACUUCUGCACUAUUGGAAUUCUUGGCAUUCUGCCAUUGGACCACCAUUGAGAAAUAAAUACAUGAGAUAUGUUCAAUUAUCAAAUUUAGCUUCUAAACUUAAUGGUUUCGCUGAUGCUGGAGAUCAAAUGAGAGAAAGUUUUGAAGACGAAUAUUUUCAACAAAAUAUGGCUGAAGUGAUGUCAGCAGUUAUGCCACUUUAUAAACAAUUGUUUACAUAUGUCCGUUCAAGACUGAUCGAUAGAUAUGGAGAUAGAAUAAAAAAAGAUGGACCUCUUCCUGCUCAUAUAUUGGGCAAUAUGUGGGCACAAAAUUGGGAAGGUAUUUUUAAAAUUGUUCAACCAUUUCCUGCUGCUGCAAAAUUUGAUGUUACUUUAGAUAUGAUGAUCCAAGGAUUCACACCUUUAAGAAUGUUUCAAAUCGCGGAAGAAUUUUUUACUUCGUUAGGAAUGAAACCAAUGCCUCCUGAAUUUUGGAAAUCUUCUAUGUUUGAUAAACCUAUUGAUAGAGAAGUUAGUUGCACACCUAGCGCUUGGGAUUUUUGCAACGGAUUUGAUUAUAGAAUAAAACAGUGCACCAAAAUAACAAUGGACGAGUUACUUACAACGUAUCAUCAAAUGUCACAUGUGCAAUACUAUUUGCAAUACAAAGAACAACCAUUUAUUUUUCGUGAAGAAGCACUUCCAGGUUUUCAUGAGGCUCUAAGUGACGCAAUUGGCCUUUCUGCAACAGGUCCACAUCAUAUGCACAGAGUUGGAUUAUAUAACAAUUCAAUAGAAGACUAUGAAGGCAGUAUUAAUUUCUUAAUGCUCAUAGCACUUCAAAAGGUGGCAUACCUACCUUUUGCUUAUAUUGUUGAUCAGUGGAGAUGGAGAGUAUUUAGUGAUGGAGUUGCAGAUAUGAAUACAAAAUGGUGGGAGUUAAGACUGCAGUAUCAAGGUAUCAUACCACCUUCAAAACGAACGGAAAAAGACUUUGAUCCAGCUUCUAAAUAUCAUCUACCCGCGGAUAUUCCUUACGCCAAAUACUUCGUGGGAGUUAUUUUGCAGUUUCAAUUAUUUGAAUCUUUGUGCGAUAUCUCAGGACAUACAGGAGUUUUGCACACAUGCGAUUUAUAUAGAUCUCGAGAAGCUGGACGUUUACUAUCAGAAAUAUUAUCAGCCGGAACUUCAAGAAAAGAUGUUAUACGUCAAAUGACGAGAGGAAAAAUAAAUAGAUUAGAUGCGGGUGCUUUAAUUCGAUAUUUUGAACCAUUGAAUCAAUGGUUAAAAAGACAAAAUCAAUUAGAGCCAGUUAUUGGAUGGGUCACUACACAGGAAGAUGCAGCGCUCUUCGCUCAUUGGUAUCUAAAUGGCGGCAAUAAUAUUUCAUCAACAUUUGUUAUUCCAUUCAUUUUUAUUAUUAGUGUUAAAUUUCUCCAUUUCAUAUAGUAUAAGAAAUAAUUAUUAUAAUUAGUAUUGUAAAAUUAAUU